AAGGCACCGGGAUCCGUACAGGUCCAGGGCCGCGGAGGCCACUUCCCGGAAAAGUUGCCCUCGGGGCUUGAGGACGCGAUGGCUGUCGUUCUCCUGAGGCCCCACACGGCCUGGGCCGUGUCUCUGUCGGUGUCGGCGCGCGGGCUCGGGGCCGUGGGCGCCUCACGGGCGGCAGGAAUCCACACAGGCUUGCGGUACCAGCAACGCUACGGCUUCCUGUCUUACAUACUUGGAGAGAGAACCACAAAGAGGUUCACGGAGAAAAGCAAAGUGAUCACCGUGGAGGGCAACGUCCGCUCUGGAAAAAGCGAGCUGGCCAGACAGCUGGCCGAAAAGCUAGGUUUGAAACACUUCCCUGAAGCUGACAUACAUUACUCGGAGAAAAACUCAGGCGAUGGGACUGUCCUGAGUCUGGAGCUGGGGGGCAACUGCAGCUUGGAGAAGUUUUAUGAUGACCCCAGGAGUAAUGACGGCAAUGCUUACCGCCUGCAGUCCUGGCUCUAUGCUAACCGCCUCCUGCAGUACUCGGACGCCCUGGACCACCUGCUGAGCACAGGGCAGGGUGUAGUUCUGGAGCGCUCCAUCUUCAGUGACUUUGUCUUCACGGAGGCCAUGUUCAAGCAAGGAUUCAUCCGAAAACAGUGUGUGGAGCACUAUGAGGAAAUCAAACGUCUCACCGCCCCACAGUAUUUGCCGCCUCACCUGAUCAUAUACAUUGAUGUACCUGUUCCUGAGAUCCUGAAGAAGAUUCAGGAGAAAGGAAAUGCCCAUGAAAAGAAAAUCACAGCUGCCUACCUACAGGACAUUGAAAAUGCUUACAAGAAAACCUUCCUUCCAGAAAUGAGUGCAAAUUGUGAGAUUUUACAAUAUACGGCAAAGGAAGCAAAGGAUGUGGACAAGGUUUUAGAAGAUAUCGAGUAUGUCAAGUUUGAUAAGGGCCCUUGGCUGGAGCAAAAUGAUCGUUCUCUCCACCACCUGAGGAUGCUGGUCCAGAAUAAAUACGAAGUAGUGAAUUACACGACCGUUCCCAUCUAUCUCCCGGAGAUCACCAUCGGAGCUCACCAGUGCGAUCGCCUCUACCACCAGUUCAGAGAGCUGAAAGGUCACAAAUACAAUCCAGGCUAUAAUGCAGACAUGGGGGACAAGUGGAUCUGGCUGAAAUGAAGCCUUUCUUCCUUGGAGCAGCUACAGAGCCCUGACAAUACAAGAACCAGUCAACAUGGAAAUGAGCCUCCAGUUACAGGAUAGAAGAAGGGAAUGGCCUCACCGAGCCCGGGCUGCUUGUGGCAUGCUCAUGAGCUUUCUCCUUGGAUCUCUAGCAAUAUUGGUUAAAGAAAUUCAAAAUAAAAAAAACCUGGUUCCCCAAACUGGUUGUUAGGACCAGAAAUGCCUUUCUUCCCUUGCCCCGGUCCCUGGCCACUGUAGGGUCUGUAUUUUGCUUCCUCAGACUUCCAAGAAAUAAAACCUUUUCCUUGGAA